CUCUUCUUCCCCAUACAUUCUCUCUAUACUACAGUCGUCUUCCUGACCGUCCGAUUCUCUGGAAUCCAUGAAGAAAAGCAUCUUUCUUUAUUUAAAAUAAACACUUCACGAGGGUUGACCUGUUUCAAUUCAAUCCAUCUCAAAACCGGAUUCGAUCGAAGAUUCAUAAAGCUUUCAACCUUUCGAUGGAUUUUGAUAGCAUGGACUGCGCUUCAACCAUUGAUGUAACAGAUGACGAAGAGAUCCAUCAAGAUCGCCAUUCCUAUGCAUCGGUUUCGAAGCAUCAUAGUACUAAUAACAGCAACACGAAUGCUGCUUCUGGUCUUCUUCCGACAACCACCAGUGUUCAUGAGCUUCUCGAAUGUCCUGUCUGCACCAAUUCUAUGUACCCUCCUAUUCAUCAGUGUCACAAUGGACAUACUUUAUGUUCAACUUGUAAAAUUAGGGUUCACAAUCGAUGCCCUACUUGUAGACAAGAGCUCGGUGACAUCCGUUGUUUGGCACUUGAAAAAGUAGCGGAGUCUCUUGAGUUACCGUGCAAGUACAUGUCACUUGGCUGUCCCGAGAUAUUCCCUUAUUACAGUAAGCUCAAACACGAGACCGUAUGUGACUUCAGACCUUACAACUGUCCGUACGCUGGUUCAGAGUGUUCUGUUAUGGGUGAUAUCCCUUUCUUAGUUGCUCAUCUGAGAGAUGAUCACAAGGUGGAUAUGCAUUCUGGGUGUACUUUCAACCACCGUUAUGUCAAAUCUAAUCCUCGUGAAGUCGAAAACGCCACGUGGAUGUUAACUGUUUUUCACUGCUUUGGUGAAUACUUUUGUCUUCACUUUGAGGCAUUCCAGCUCGGAAUGGCUCCAGUUUACAUGGCGUUCCUGCGUUUCAUGGGGGACGAGACAGAAGCUCGGAACUACAAUUACAGUUUAGAGGUGGGAGGCUAUGGUCGGAAGCUGAUUUGGGAAGGAACACCGAGAAGUGUAAGAGACAGUCACAGGAAAGUUAGAGACAGUCAUGAUGGACUGAUUAUACAGAGGAACAUGGCUCUCUUCUUCUCAGGUGGAGACAGGAAAGAGCUGAAACUGCGAGUUACUGGAAGAAUAUGGAAAGAACAGCAGCAAAAUGGUGAAGCUGGAGGAGGAGGAGGAGCUUGUAUCCCAAACUUGUCUUAAUAAUCUUUUUUUUUUUGAAACUCUUACCGACUUGGCACUGUGUCUCUGUCUGUAACCAUGGUUCUUGGAUCUGUCUGUAAUUAGUGGCUUUCUCUGUGAUAUAGUUACUAUAAACUUGGGUUGUUCUUCCCUCUCUUAAAUAGUUCAUUACAAGUUUCAUGUAUCAAAUUUUUAAAACUAAGUUAUCUGUUACAAAUUAUGAAUAAUUAUUAUAAGAUUCUUUAAUCG